AUGGAUACAAACACGGACCGAGGGCAAUGGCCAUUGGCAAUUGUAACAGCACUCAAGAGGGACCCCGACGGCGAGGUGCGAGAAGCAACGCUCCGCACAGUGCAUCGAGAUACCACUAAUCGGUCGAUAAAUAUGCUCGUUCCUCUCGAGUUAGAUGAUGAAGAAGGCUUAUCACAACAAACCAAGCGCGUAGUCUAUGAAGAAGAAAAUGAAACGGCUAAUAAUUCAGCGAAUGAACGGCCAUCCCCAAAUGAAGAGGAAUCCGUAGUGGACGAUGUAUUGCACAGGAGACCAGUGCUCCCUCGGAAAGCGAAACAAAAU